CCAGACACUGUCCAAAAAAAGGGGAAAAAGCCUAUUCACAACCUCAAGUUCUUGCUAUUUACCUCCUGAUUUGGAAGUUGGACUGUCUCCUUUGGCUACGAUGAAGCGACCUUGCGAGGACACUACCUCAGAUAGCGAUAUGGACGAGACUAUAGACGUAGGGAGCGAAAACAAUUAUUCCGGGCCUACUGCCAGUUCUGUGAUCCGGUCAAAUUCUCCAACCACAACAUCUCAGAUUAUGGCCAGAAAAAAAAGAAGAGGGAUUAUAGAGAAAAGGCGCCGUGAUCGUAUAAAUAACAGCUUAUCUGAACUGAGGCGACUUGUACCAACUGCUUUUGAAAAACAAGGAUCUGCCAAAUUAGAAAAAGCAGAAAUCCUGCAAAUGACAGUGGAUCAUUUGAAGAUGCUCCAGGCGACAGGCGGGAAAGGUUAUUUUGAUGCUCAUGCUCUGGCCAUGGAUUUCAUUAGCAUUGGGUUUCGAGAAUGUUUAACCGAAGUUGCAAGAUACCUGAGUUCUGUGGAAGGUCUGGACACGGCAGACCCUCUUCGAGUCCGACUAGUCUCCCAUCUCAGCUCGUGUGCUUCUCAGAGGGAAGCCGCUGCCAUGACCUCGUCCAUGGCACACCAUCACCAUCCUCUGCACCCUCAUCAUUGGGCAGCUGCUUUCCAUCAUCUCCCUACAGCUUUGUUGCAGCAGAAUGGAUUACAUCCCUCUGACGUCUCCCCCUGCAGACUCUCCACUGCCUCAGAGGUGCCUUCCCACGGCUCAGCUCUUCUCACCGCCACUUUUGCCCAUGCUGAUUCUACCCUCCGAGUGCCCUCGGCGGGCAGUGUCGCUCCUUGCGUCCCACCACUUUCUACCUCUCUGCUCUCGCUUUCUGCUACUGUGCAUGCUGCGGCAGCGGCAGCAGCUCAGAGUUUCCCUCUGUCUUUCGCUGGAGCAUUCCCAAUGCUUCCCCCGAGUGCAGCAGCGGCAGCAGCAGUGGCAGCUGCCACAGCCAUUAGCCCCCCUUUAUCUGUUUCGGCAACUGCUAACUCUCAGCAACCCGGUAGUAAUGGAAACACUAAACCCUACCGACCUUGGGGUACUGAAGUUGGAGCUUUCUAGAUUUUCCUGACUUCUGCAGUUAGAACAGAAAGCUCUUGCACAAAGCUUAGGUGAUGAACAGCUCAAGGAGUCGGACGGAUGCUGAAGGCACAGAAGAGAAAGAAUGAGCAAAUCUCCCAUAAGAAUCGUCAGAAUGGAGGUGUUUUCUACUUCGUUUGAAUCAGACCUCAUACUGGAUGACAGUGGUCUUCAAAUGAUACCCUGUGUCGCCAUUAAUGCUCUUGCUAUGCAUUUUUAUUUGCCAGGGAAGUGGUGGAUUAUUGCUCACAAAAUCUUCCUGAAAAACAAACUCUGUCCUAAAUGCUUAAGUGCCUGCCCUGUUCUGAAUAGGCAAUGUGUUUAUGUGUGUUUUUUUGAUUUUUUUUUUCCUCUAAGGCUAAACCACCAGGCAAGCAUGAAAAUGAUGCUGGAGAGGAAACAAUAGAAUUUGGAAUUGGAUAAUAAGAUCCAGAAUAGGGAUACAAUUUCCAAAUAAAUAUUUCUGCACACAGUAAGGUGGCAGUCCUUUAACAUCAGUGGGAUCCCACCAAACUAACUAUGCGGAGUUGAAUUUUAAGAAUAACAAGGUUGCUGAGAUUGUAUAUACUUAAUCUCAUCUAGUUUACCUUCAUUGUGCAGUUCUAUCAAAUGUCUUCAAUGUAAUCUUGAUAAAAGCACUAAAUGUUCAGCGUGGUUUAAGAAAUUACAAGCUUCCUGGCACUUUCUGUAAAACCAUUUGUGUCAAAUUAUACCUAAGUGUGCAUAACUUGACCACCAGUUAUAUACUGAUGCAUUUUGGAUAAAGUCACAGCUGAUAUGUCUGGUUCAUUUUUUGCAAGCUGGGAAACAGCUUCCUUUAGAUUAGAGUCCCUUUUUUUCAUCGCAGAAAGAGGUAUGAUUAAAUAGCUACAAUACUUUACCCUUCGGCCAUUUUCUUUUCUUCCAUUCAGUCAUAUAUGAUUGAAAACUGGCUUUCAUUAGAGCUCAAUUUGGCUCUCUUUGGCCAUACCGUACCUGAAAAAUUAGGGCAAUUGUAUUCCAGGAGAUCUGGAAGGAACUAGACUGCUAAAGGCUGAGUUGUAGUAGCAACAACUGGAACUUUGGGGUUAGUUUCGGUUGCUGCCAUUUGGUUUCCUUUUUUUCUUUCCUUUUUUUUUGUACGGGUUCAGUUCCCAACCCAGAAAAUGUAAGUUAUAUUUUUUUUAACUACCCAUACAAGCAGUACUAUAAAAAGGUUUUGCUUUGUUGUUAUUAUUAUUACAGCAACAUGAAAUAAUACAAGUAUUUUUAUUCAUUGACUCAAGAGCUAGAGUUAAUGAUGGGGAGGGCAAGUUAAAUGAAAGCACAGCAUGUAUUAUGCACUUCAUUUCUCUGCUGUGUGGAGAAAGCAAUAAACAGAAUGUUAAACAUUAUACAAAUGUACUUUUAAAAUAUUUGUUUUAAAAAUACUGUUCCUAGUUGGAGGAGGGGCAAAUUGUUCAUUAUUUUGGUAACCCUUUUUUCUAUGCAAAAGUUUUUAUGUAUCACUUAUUAAAUGAGGUCUUUUUUUGACUGAGUUCCAGAUAUUGUCUUGAUGUGAUCAGUGAAAGGGAAGAAAUUGAAUGUGUUAAAAGUUAAUGCAAGUCCAGAUGGUAGUAGCUUCCUGGAGAAGUUGCAUUGUGUUACACAACUAAAAGUGCACACAGUCUCACUUAAGAUUCUAUUAAAUUUAGUUUCUUA